AGGAUCAUCUCCCACAUGAAGACAUCACGAAGCCUCCACAUCAUGUGCCACAUCCCAGUCUUCUGCUGGAUCACUGCUACAGUUCUGGAGGAUGUGCUGAAAACCAGAAAGAGAGGAGAGCUGCCCAAGACCCUGACUGAGAUGUACAUCCACUUCCUGGUGGUCCAGACCAAAGUCAAUACGGUCAAGUAUGAUGGAGGAGCUGAGACAGAUCCACACUGGAGUCCAAACAACAGGAAGAUGAUCAAGUCUCUGGGAAAACUGGCUUUUGAUCAGCUGCAGAAAGGAAACCUGAUCUUCUAUGAAUCAGACCUGACAGAGUGUGGCAUCGAUAUCACAGCAGCCUCAGUUUACUCAGGAGUGUUCACACAGAUCUUUAAAGAGGAGAGAGGACUGUACCAGGAGAAGCUGUUCAGCUUUGUCCAUCUGAGUGUUCAGGAGUUUCUGGCUGCUCUUCAUGUCCGUCUGACCUUCAUCAAGUCUGGAAUCAACCUGCUGAAACAAGAACAAACAGUUUAUUUUUGGUAUAAGUUUUUAAACAAACCAGAUCUACAACGUCUCCAUCAGACAGCUGUGGAUCAGGCCUUACAGAGUCCAAAUGGACACCUGGACUUGUUCCUCCGCUUCCUCCUGGGACUUUCACUGCAGACCAAUCAGAGUCUCCUACGAGGCCUGCUGACACAGACAGGAAGUAGCUCACUGACCAAUCAGGAAACAGUUCAGUACAUCAAGAAGAAGAUCAGUGAGAAUGUGUCUGCAGAGAGAAGCAUCAAUCUGUUCCACUGUCUGAAUGAACUGAAUGAUGGUUCUCUAGUGGAGGAGGUCCAACAGUCUCUGAGAUCAGGACGUCUCUCCACAGAUAAACUGUCUCCUGCUCAGUGGUCAGCUCUGAUCUUCAUCUUACUGUCAUCAGAAGAAGACCUGGAGGUGUUUGACCUGCAGAAAUACUCUCCUUCAGAGGAGGUUCUUCUGAGGCUGCUGCCAGUGGUCAAAGCCUCCAACAAAGCUCUACUGAGCAGCUGCUCCCUCUCAGAUGAAGGAUGUUCAGCUCUGUCCUCAGUUCUCAGCUCCCAGUCCUCCAGGCUGACAGAACUGGACCUGAGGAUCUCCGACUCAGGAGUGAAGCAGCUGUCUGAUGGACUGAAGAGUCCACACUGUAAACUGGAAACUCUCAGACUGAGCAGCUGUUCCGUCUCAGGUGAAGGAUGUUCAGCUCUGUCCUCAGUUCUCAGCUCCCAGUCCUCCAGGCUGACAGAACUGGACCUGAGUAUCUCCGACUCAGGAGUGGAGCAGCUGUCUGAUGGACUGAAGAGUCCACACUGUAAACUGGAAACUCUCAGGCUGAGUGUCUGUGGCCUCUCAGAGGGAAACGUUUCAGUUGUGUCCUCAGUUCUCAGCUCCCAGUCCUUCAGGCUGACAGAACUGGACCUGAGUAUCUCUGACUCAGGAGUGAAGCAGCUGUCUGAUGGACUGAAGAGUCCACACUGUAAACUGGAAACUCUCAGGCUGUGUAUGUGUGGUCUCUCAGAGAGAAGCUGUGAAGCUCUGUCCUCAGUUCUCAGCUCCCAGUCCUCCAGUCUGACAGAACUGGACCUGAGUAACAACGACCUGCAGGACUCAGGAGUGAAGCAGCUGUCUGCUGGACUGAAGAGUCCAAACUGCAAACUGGAAACUCUCAGCCUGUCAGGAUGUCUGAUCACAGAGGAAGGCUGUGCUUCUCUGGCCUCAGCUCUGACCUCCAACCCCUCCCAUCUGAGAGAGCUGGACCUGAGAUACAACCAUCCAGGAGAGUCAGGAGUGAAGCUGCUGAUGGCUGCACUGAAGGAU